AUGCUCCUCCCUUUAUAAAACAUCAUCAUCCGCCCCAUCUAUCUUCUUUGCCUAUAUUUACAACCAUCCAUCUUAGCCUUCUUAGCUAGUAAGCUCAUUAAAUCAAGAUUGCAUAAUUGUCAUUAAUGGGGUCAAAAUUUGUGCCUUUCUUCUUCUUCUUCAUCUUCGUGGUGCUCUUAGCCGAUCUUGCGAGCUCGGACGUCAGCAAGGACAAGGCGGAGUGCGCCGAGCAACUCGUCGGGAUCGCCACGUGCCUCCCGUACGUGAGCGAUGAGGCUAGAACUCCGCCGCGGGAUUGCUGCGCGGGGCUGAAAGGAGUGAUCGAGAAGAGCAAGAAAUGCAUAUGCAUUUUGGUGAAGGAUAGAAACGAUCCCAGUCUUGGCCUCGAGAUCAACUCCACCCGUGCUUUAAGCCUUCCCGAUUUGUGCCAAACGCCCGCUAAUGUCUCCCAAUGCAUUCAACUCCUGAACUUGGCACCUAACUCACCAGACGCAAAGGUAUUUCAAGAUUUCGUGAAUAGUGCCAAGGGAAGCACUGCUGCUACUCCACCAGUUAAAGGCAGCUCAGGAGAUGGAGCAACAAGUGCCGAAGUUAAGAGCGACGGAAGCAAGAGAAAGCAGUUCCUGGAAGCUAAUGUGGUUGCGGGGCUGUUUGUCUAUGUUUUCAACGCUAUUUCUUGAAUUUUUGAAUAUUAUACGUACUUUAACUCUUUAAGUACUGAAUUAAAGACUUUUAUUGAAGAUUUGAUGUCUUUGGUUAAGAUGAGGAAAAUGAUGAAUAAUUGUUAUCUUUUCACGGGUAAUGGGGCAGUUGCGCUUUUAUACAUAUCCGCUCCUUUAAUUGUUCCGUUACCCACUCAAUUAUUUUACCUGCAUGUAUGUCACGAUUAAAAAUAAUUUAUAUACUCAAUUAUAAAGUAAACGUCAAAA